AUGGGGAAGUCGUUUGGUCUUAGAUCUCGUACGAGAUACAUGUUCUCCAAGGGGUUCAAGCAAGCCGGUGGUACCCCCCACCUUUCGACCUACCUCACCACCUACAAGGUCGGUGACAUUGUCGACAUCAAGGCCAACGCCGCCAUCCACGGUGGUAUGCCCUUCAAGUUCUACCACGGUAAGACCGGUGUUGUCUACAACGUGACCAAGACCUCGGUUGGUGUCAUCUGCCACAAGAUUGUCGGUAACAGAUACAUCGAAAAGAGACUCAACAUCAGAGUGGAACACGUCAAGCACUCGAAGUGCAGACAAGAAUUCUUGGACAGAGUCAAGUCCAACCAAGCUAAGAAGGCUGCCGCCAAGGCCAACGGUGAAACCGUCCAACUCAAGAGACAACCCGCCAAGCCCAGAGGCGCUUACGUUGUUGCCGCCAGCAAGAACGCCCCUCAAACCUUGGCUCCCGUUGCCUACGAAACCUUCAUCUAA